GUUGGGCGAGGACUCCGACACAGUCACAGCAACGCCUGCUCAGCACCGCCAUGGCUCGCUCCCUGCUCGCCCUCCUCGCCUGCCUGGCGCUGGCCGCGCCCUGCCUCACCAGUGUCGUCGACAAUGACGUCUCCAACGACAUCUCCAAGGACGUCGUCGAGAAGGUCCCCUCCGAGGCGGCGCCCCUGGUCUUCCUGGUGGACGACGACGCACCCGCCGUCGACAACGCCCUCCUGAAGCAGAAGGAGUCGGCUCUCGGCUGGGGCUACACCACCCCGAGGUACCCCACCCCGAGGUACCCCACCAGCAGGAGGCCCAGCACCAGCAGGAGGCCCUGGCCCACCAUCAGGGGCGGCUGGGACCAGAGCUUCAACAUCGGCGGAGUGUACCCCUAUGACAGGCAACUGUCCCAGACCCCCGUCUACAAGAGGGCCACCGCCUACGUCAACUCGCUGGACUUCAAGUACACCGACCCGGCCCGGCGCGCCAUCCACUGCAUCCAGGUCGUGGACAUGCAGAAGAACGGAAGGAACGCCGCGGUGACCCUGCAGAGCGGCGGCAUCGGCCAGAGCUACUUCAACAUGAGGUUCCAGAGCCAGCGCGGCGAGAACAUCAACUACCUCGUCAUCGUCUGGGGCCAGUGAUCUCGAAAAUAAAGCUCGCAUCCACGCACUCUA